AUGGCUCUCCGAAGAAUCGCACUUCACUACGACUGUAUCAGUCCCUACAGUUGGAUCGGCUUCGAACUUAUGAUGCGCCACAGUCGAAUUUGGAACGAUCCUUCUGUUCAAAUCGAACUCAAGCCGACUUUUCUCGGUGGAAUCAUGCAGGGAUCGGGUAAUAAGCCUCCUGGUGUCGUUCCUGGAAAAAUGGUCUACAUGGGAAGAGAUUUGAUGAGAUUGAAUGAGUUCACAGGAAUGGAGUUGAACAUGCUUUCCGACCCAUUCACGACCCUCUUCAAAAAGGGCUCCAUCAAAGCCAUGCGAGCCAUCACAGCCAUGGACAUGAACAGCCCCGAAAUCGUCGAGCGAGUUUCGACCGAGGUCUGGAAGAAAAUCUGGAUCCACGACCUCGACAUCACCGAUGAGGCCGUCUUGAUGGAUGCAUUCGCCAAGGCUGGCCUUUCGGAGGAACAAGGAAGAGAGUUCUUGGGACUGGCGAGUACGAAAGCGGUGAAAAACAAGCUCAAGGAAAAUACGGAAGAAGCGCUUGAUGCUGGUUGUUUCGGAGCGCCAUCCUUUAUCGUCCGACAGGAAGGGGAGGAGGAUAAGAUGUUCUUUGGACAAGAUCGAAUUGAACUGCUCUGCCAUGAGUUAAAUCUGCCAUACCACGGCGCAGCGAAAGAAGGCAAAAUAUUCUGA